AUGGGCCCCGGACGCAACGGCGGCGACGGCGGCGGCAGGCAAGCAGACACUGGACACUUUGCGGCAGGAGCACGCCCGCAGCGUCGCGCAGAUGCAAGGCUUAUCUGCGUCAUUUGCACCAGCAGCGGCAGCAAGGCACGCGGCGGUGGUUGUGAUGUUUCUGCUGUUGCGGCUCGGGCGACGGCAGAAAGCAGCAUGCAGAGCUGGACGAAGGUCACCAGCCAAACGCAGCGGGCCCCCAAGACGCCCAAGACAAUCCAGACACCUAUCGUGUUCGACAGCCCUGCGACCCUGGAUGAGCCGGCGGGAGCCAAGCCGACCGGGUUCCGCAAUGGGCUCGCCGAGGACAUAGGAGCUCCGACACCCGUAAAGGCCCUGGCCGCUUGGCGAGGGGGGGGCAGCAUGGGCCGGUUCAUGCACGACACUGCCCGCAGGGGCCGCAGUGCCCCGGGGGAAGACUGCGCGAACUGUCUCCGCCGGCGUCGUCUUUCACCUGUCCGCUUCACUGCCGUCCCCAGCUUUAUUUUCCACGUUCCGGAUCAUUAUCGUCGUGCUUCAUUUCCCACAAUCCCUCCCGACCUCGUCGCUUCGCCUACGGCAGGCAAAUACAUAAAGUAA